AUGGCUGCCGUUCACCCAAAUUUAAUAAAAAUGGUUUCAGCGCAGCUACGCAAUAAAGCAAACGAGUUUUUAAAUUCUAGAAAACAUGCUAAUAAUUUGGCUGAUAUCUUGCAAAUGUUUGAGGCAUCAACGGAUAAUUACACGCCACUCCUACUUACAAUUGAAGUGAUAUUUACCGAACUAUUGCGAAGAGGAGAUUUGAUUGAGGAAAUCGUUCCAUUGAAACCUAUUGAGCAAAGCCCAGAAGCAGAAUAUACAAGAUGGCUCCGAGAAUGCUACGAGACAGCUCUGAACCAGGCACUGGAGUGCAUCAAGAGAGGCCGUAUGAAUUCCCGUUUACAAGCCUUAGUGACAGUCAGCAAACUGCUACAGGCAGAGGGCAAGAAUCCAUUGGAGAGUUCUACUGGUUUCUAUUUCCCAUCAGGCAGACUAAAGAACAUAUUCACAGUUUUAUUGGACUCUGAGCAAUCAAUGUCUGCUCCCAUUGCCCGUUUCCAAGAGUUUACAGAGUAUAGAGAUGUACAACAAUAUGGAUUAAAAGUCCUUUCAUCAUUAGCUUAUCGAAAAUCACCAUCCCCAAUAUUUAUGCAGAAUUAUUUAGAACUCCUAGACAAAUUAUUGGUAACAGAAAUACCAACUGAAGCAAAGAGCAAAAAUAGAAACCGUAACCAUGAUGAAAAAGAAGAGAAGAUAUUGUGCGGAUCAGAUGACAAGGCCCCGUUCCCGUACAACCCGGGCGUGUGCCGCCGCUACGCCAACCGCUGCUGGAGCUUCGCGUGCCAGUGGGCGCUGUGCUCGGACGCGCGCACGCACCGCCGCGCGCUGCUGCUGCUCGUGGAGCGGCUCAUGCCGCUGCUCACCCGCCCGCAUCUCGCCACCGACAUGCUGUGCGACAGCCUCGACGCCGGUGGAUCGAUCAGUAUCCUAGCGCUGCAGGGCGUGCUGGAGUUAGUACGUCACCACAACGUGUCGUACCCAGACAUGUACGACAGACUGUACGCCCUGUUCGAGCCGGAGAUGUUCCACACCAGGUGCAAACGGCGACUGCUACAUCUGGCCGACGUCUUCCUCAGUUCCACCCACCUGCCGGAGAGCCUGGUGGCCGCGUUCGCCAAGCGCCUGUCGCGCCUGGCGCUGGUGGCGGACGACGCGGACGCGGCCGCGCUGCUGCAGCUGGUGGCCAACCUGCUGCAGCGGCACCCCCCCCUCAAGCGGAUGAUCUGCCACGAAGACACGCCGGCCAUCAUGUCGAGCGACCCGUACGUGAUGGAGGAGACGUCCGCCCGCAGCGCGCGCGCGCUCGGCUCCUCGCUGUGGGAGGUGUCCGCGCUGCGCCGCCACCACCGCCCGCACGUGGCGCGCGCCGCCGCGCACGUGCUGCACGCGCACCGCCCCGCCCCCGCCGCCCCCACCGCCGCCGCCCCGCCCGCCGCGCACGCAGACGACGCGCUCUUCGAUGCAGAACUGAAGAAGAGAUUUAAAACGAUCGAGAUGAACUUCAUCAGGCCGCAGGGUAUGAACGCGCCGUCCGGCGAGCGGCUGCUGCAAUUCUGGGAGUUGAUGGCCUAA